GAUAUAUUAUCACCUAAGGGACUGAAUAUACUACUACUUCACUAUAGUACUUUAUUUUCCGUACACGGACGUGGAGAUCCGCCUCUUGCUGGAUAUAAUUCCAGUCAUACUCCCAGAUCUAUACCUUCGCAUUUUUUGCUUCUAAAAUUGCUUGUAGCCGCCAUUCACAUAUGAAAAAGCGGUCUAUCUGCUACUCUGCAACUUGCUUCACAUCUCAUCCCCCCUACAACCCUAACCCCAACCCCAACCAAACAUGGACUUCGAUCCCAUCGCAGAAAGAAAACAAGAACAAAAAGCCACAGCCUGGCUCCGUCUCUGGUCCAGCCGACAGCCAGAGCUCCUAUCAAUGCACCUUGCCCACAAACACCGACCAGCCAGCGGCAAACCCGUCUCCGCAUGCCUCUGGAAAAGCGGAGCAUUCAACAUCUGCUAUCGAGUAAGAUACAACAACAACAACAACAACAAUGAAGAACCAGAUAUCAUCAUCCGUUUCGCCGCUCUAGGAAGAGCUAUUCUCCGCCGAGAAAAGGUUCAAAAUGAAGUCGCAACAAUGAAUUACCUUCGCAAGACCACCUCGAUCCCUAUCCCCGAAGUAUACGCCUCGGGGAUCUGCUGGGCAGGUCCCUACAUAAUCAUGUCAGCCAUCGAGGGUGUACCACUAUCGCAGCUCCUCAAGGACCAUUCUUUUGCAGGACGACCAGUCCUAAACCCCCAAAUAAGCAAUCACAGCUUGAAGCACGCAUACCGCGAAAUGGCCAUCCUAGUCCUCGAGCUCUCCAGAGUACAAUUCGACUCCAUCGGCGCACUCGAAGAGACACAGCAUGGUGAUCUCUUCACCAUCACCAAACGACCUCUCACCUUCAACAUGAACGAACUAAUGGCCUCUGCGAAUAUACCACUAGAAGCAUUCCCACCUCCCUCUCACACCUUCACUUCAUCCACAGAUUACCUCUACUCCCUAGCCACACAGCAUCUCCUCCACCUUCGUCUACAACAACAAAAACCCUCCAUCACCAGCGAAGAAGACUUCCAGCGAAAACUAAUCGCUCGCUAUCUAUUCCUAAAUCUAACGAAGAACCUCCACCUCACUAACCCCCAAGGCCCCUUCCGUCUCUACUGCGACGACUUCCGUCCCUCAAAUGUACUCAUAGAUCUCAAUACCUCUCGCGUCUCAGCCGUGAUUGACUGGGAAUUCACCUACACUGCCCCAGCAGAGUUCACAUACGUAGCGCCCUGGUGGCUUUUACUCCAGAGUCCGGAGGACUGGGAGGGAGAUCUGCAUCAAUUCCUGGAUCGGUAUAUUCCCCGGUUCAAUGUGUUCUUGGAAGUAUUGCGCGAGUGUGAAGACGAGUUAAUGGGGCAGGGGCUUCUUUUGGAGUCACAACGUUUGGCUUCGAGGAUGGGCGAGUCCUUGGACAAUGGGCUAUUUUGGGUGUGUCUUGCCGCGAGGUAUAGUUCUAUGUUUGAUGAGAUUUAUUGGGAGUUUGUUGAUCGGCGGUUUUAUGGAGAUUUGGGGUCUUUGCAGGAUCGUGUACGGCUGUUGAGUGAGGAGCAGCGGCGGGAGAUGGAUGAGCUGGUGAUAGGUAAGCUGGGUCGGUGUGAUAGGGGUGAAGAUGAGUUUGAAGAUCAUUAUCCGAUUGAUGUGUUACUUGAGCUAUGAUUUCAGGUGUCUUCACCCACAUGAGGUGUAUAUUGUUCAAUUAUCCAAGCCGACAAUAGCUAAUCCGCACAAUACCUGCCAUGCAAAAAGGGUAUCUAUCAUAACCUUCGCCCCAAAAAG